GCAUCCGCCGGGGCGGCGUCUGCGGGGCCGGGGCCGAGCUCGGCGGCGAUGGGGCCGCUCCGGGCGCUGCUCCUGGAGCCCAUCCCGGCGCUGAUCCCGGCGCUGAUCCCGGCGCUGAUCCCGGCGUUGAUCCCGGUGUUGAUGUCCUCGCUGAUGGGCACUGCGGCCGGGCGGGAAUAUUCAUUACCUUACACACCACAGCUUGCACAAUGCAACGAUCCCAGCACUGAAUUCUAUGAUGAAGAACUUAAUAAAUGCUGCAGCCAGUGCCCUCCAGGUCAGUAUAGGACAGGGAGCUGCAGUCACACCGUGGACACCAAGUGCAGCCCCUGCAGACCUAAAACAUACACAGCCAUCUGGAAUCAUUCUCCACAGUGCUUUGCCUGCUCACCACCCUGCAGGAAAGGGCUUGUACAGAAUCAAACAUGUACUAGAUCCCAGGACAGGAUCUGUAGCUGCCCAUCCCACAAGUACUGUAUUUCCAAGCUGGAUGAGUACUGUGAAAUGUGUAGAACACAUAAAAAAUGUGGCAAAGGCUACCGGGUUUCCAGAAGAGGGACAGACAGCACAGACACAGAAUGUGAACCUUGUCCUCCUGGCACGUUUUCCCCUGAGGAAUCCUACAGCACCAGCUGCACACCCCAUACCAUCUGUAAAUCAGUGGCUGUCCCUGGGAACAGCAGGAAUGACACUGUUUGCAGUGGCUCAGGAACAGCCACAGUUCUGCCUCACACCAUUUUGAACCUACUUGUCACCCAAAGCCCAGCUUCCCACAAAGCUGAAAUAAUAACUCAACCUGUCAUGUUAAACUCUAUACCUGACCUGUCCCACAUCACUGGAGCAGUAGCAGGGCCAUUGUUUUUGAUCCUGAUAAUUGGUAUUUUGGGGUAUUGCUUAGUCUCAAAAAGAAAAGCCCUUGUGUACUCUGCAGCAGCUACAGAAGCAGAUUUGCCUUUUUCCCCUCCAGAAAAACAGUGUGACAAAAAAGUCAAAGAUACAGAAUUGCAGAACUCCAGGAAUUCUGAACAGGAACAACAGCAUCUCUUGGAAACUUCUGGGUCCAGCAGUAGUAUCCUGAAUCCAACUGGAUCUGCAACCAUCAGUGUAAUAAGUAAAGAGAAUUAUGAAAAUAAAAACUCAGGAGGAUUUCAGCAGCAACAUUCACCUUCUGAAGGUUCUCAGUGCCUGAGUGGAGACAGACACAGCUCUAUGAGUUCAGAACAUUCUGGUAACGGAGGAACGCAGGUGAAUGUGACGUGCAUUGUUAAAUUGUGUAGACCAGACUGCAGCUCCCAGUGCCCUGAGCAGAGGAGUUCAACCAGCAGGGAUUAUGGGCACACUCCCUGGGGUUCCCCAGCAGGGGAAGAGACCUUCCUUUCAAAAGAAGAAAAUGCCUUGAACAAAGAAACCGAAAUUCACAUGGCAGUGGAAAAUGAGGACAAUUUACUUCAAGACUUACUUCCAGAAGAAAAGAAGGUUCCCCUAGGUAUUCAAGAUGCUGGGAUGAAAACCAGUUAAAGGAAAUGACAGAUCAUAUGCUGACUGACUGAUAAAAUUAAUCAAACCACCUCUCAUCUUAUAAAACAAACAUUAUGGUAAAUGUAGCUUUCUUACAGAGAUUUGACAUUUCAGAUGAAUAUAGACACUGAUGCUUUUUACUGUCUUCUGUUGCUUUGCAGCUUAAAAGAAAAAGCAUUGAAACUUUUUAAAAUCGAAUGGCCAACUCCUGCCUAAGAGGACCUUGAUCAGACUUGAAAAGGAAUAUUUUUCAAACUUUGUGCCAUUAAGUUUUCUCUUGAGACUUCUUGUGAUGAUGACUUUUAUUCAAGGUCUGCCUGGUGCCAAGAACAUGGCUGUGACCAGUACUUCUAAGGGACUGGAAUUAAAUUAUCAUUCUUUCAAUGCUCA